GCGGCGGCCGUGGUGGCUGCUUCUUUGGUUGUGAGCGGCCGGGUGCAGCAUGUCUAGACUGGGGGUCUUGGGCAGCGCCCAAGCCGGGCUGGGACUGUUGCUGGGCACCGCCGCCGGCCUUGGAUUCCUGUGUGCCCUUUACAGCCAGCGGUGGAAACGGACCCAGCGCCAUGGCCACAGCCAGAGCCUACCUAACUCCCUGGACUACACGCAGACCCCAGAGCCAGGACGCCAGGUGAGGCCUUUUCGGGCAGUCCCUGGUGAGGCUGGAGACGCUGCGGUGCUGCCCAGCCUUGCGCGAGAAGGCCCGGAGGAGGUGCUGGAGCGCCUGGACUUGGUGCUGACCAGUCUGGUGGCCCUGCGGCGCGAGGUAGAGGAGCUGCGGAGCAGCCUGCAGGGGCUUGCUGGGCAGAUUGUUGGGGAGGUCCGAUCCCACAUGGAAGAGAGCCAGAGAGUGGCUCGGCGGCGAAGGUUCCCAUUUGCCCGGGAGAGGAGUGACUCUACUGGGUCCAGCUCUGUCUACUUCACAGCCACGUCCGGAGCCACAUUCACAGACGCCGAGAGCGAAGGCGGUUACACCACAGCCAAUGCCGAGUCUGACUAUGAGCGGGACUCUGACAAGGACAGUGAUGACGGGGAAGAUGAAGUGAGCUGUGAGACUGUGAAGAUGGGGAGAAAGGCUUCUCCGGACCUGGAGGCGGAGGUGGCUUCGGGCCCCGUGGCUGGAGCCCUGGAUGCUGGAGGCUCCCCUGGCCUGGAGGACAUGCUGCCCCUCCUGCAGCAGGCGGAUGAGCUACACCAGGGCAGCGAGCAGGGCAAGCGGGAGGGCUUCCAGCUGCUGCUUGGCAACAAGCCCGCGUAUGGAAGCCGGCAGGACUUUCUCUGGCGCCUGGCCCGGGCCUAUAGCGACAUGUGUGAGCUCACUGAAGAGGUGAGCGAGAAGAAGUCAUAUGCCCUAAAUGGAAAAGAAGAAGCAGAGGCUGCCCUGAAGAAGGGGGAUGGGAAUGCUGACUGUCACCAGUGGUAUGCAGUGCUUUGUGGUCAGCUGGCUGAGCAUGAGAGCAUCCAGAGGCGCAUCCAGAGUGGCUUUAGCUUCAAGGAGCAUGUGGACAAAGCCAUUGCUCUCCAGCCAGAAAACCCUAUGGCUCACUUUCUCCUUGGCAGGUGGUGCUAUCAGGUCUCUCACCUGAGCUGGUUAGAAAAAAAAACUGCUACAGCUUUGUUUGAAAGCCCUCUCAGUGCCACUGUGCAGGAUGCCCUCCAAAGCUUCCUGAAGGCUGAAGAAUUACAGCCAGGAUUUUCCAAAGCAGGGAGGGUAUAUAUUUCCAAGUGCUACAGAGAACUAGGAAAAAACUCUGAAGCUAGACAAUGGAUCAAGUUAGCCCUGGAGCUGCCGGAUGUCACCAAUGAGGAUUCAGCUUUCCAGAAGGACUUGGAAGAAUUGGAAGUAAUUUUAAGAGAAUAAUCACAUUUCAGUGGCCUCCAUGACUUGAGGGAGACUGCCCUGCUUAGAUCAUCAGGAAUCUAAGUGAUGGUCCUGACUGGUAUCCAUAACCAUUCCCCAAUUUCUUUCCUGUUGCCCACUAGUUAAUUUAUUCUAAUCCCUUAUUUUAUCUGAAAUUGGGGAAGUACUUAAGGCCGGGAUUGCUAUAGUUAAAUGAAUUCUUGAAAAAUCAAGAGUAAUAUAUAUAGCACUGACGGCUAUCUUUAGCCUGCUGGUGAGGUGGAUGAACUUCAAAGAGCUAUAAGAACAAAACACAGAACUUGUACUCUCUAAUCUUUUCUAUUAAUAUUUGACUCCAAACUAUAUAGUUCUAAGACCAUACCCUGGUCUAUCAGGGUAAAAGGAAAGGUCAGGGCAGCCCAUGGAUAUUGCCCUCUUCUCACCUAUCAUGUCAGUUCUAACUAUUCCUGGGCCGAGGGGCUGGACCACUUCACUUCCAGAGUCCUGGCAGCUUUUGGAAGGACACCAGUGCAUAAGGCUUCUGAGACUGUGAAAUAGUGAUCUGAGGAGUUGCCUGGAAUAUAUUUUGGUACAAACCUGAAAUAAACCAAAUUUGACUAUA